CGCGUGACGGUGUGACCCGCGGCGGCAGUGAAACCGCGUUGCACUACUACUACCGUAUUUCGUUGACUCGGACGCUUGCUAUUCCAUUGUCGAACACGUAUUAGUGAAACGUCUACAUUUUAAUAUCGCACACGACUAUAUAACUAAAGCUUUAGUCGGACCUCCUGUAUAUGUUACUUGGUCCCAAAUAGCCUUGUACAGCUUGUAGUACGCGGUAUAGCCAUUAUACAGCUACUGUAAUAGCCUCAACUGUUUAUGUGAACUCUAAAUGCUAGUGUGCAUGUGUUAUAUAUAAUUUCUUCUAUAAACUGUAUCGCUCUCGUAUCUCUCGAGGGUCAAGCGUGAACCUUUGUGCGUUGUGCGUGCGCGCAGGACUAUUGUGCUGUUAUCUGUGGUACUGGGAAAAGCGAGAUGGGAAAAGCCUUUGUUCCACAUGUAUCGCCAGAAACCACGAAUCCGUCUACGUCGGGCCUCCAAACAGAGCCAAGCAGAGACAGCAUGAGAAAGCAUGAUGAGGAAACAAACGGGAAAGAGAAGGAGAAUGAGGGGUCGGUCGCUGAUUGGGUGGCGGGAGGACCAAUCGGCGCGAAGGGUGCUGUCCUUGUGUUUAGGUCGUGCGUGCUCGCGUCACGAACACCCUCCAUGGAAUCCACGACGAAAACCGUUGGCAAUAAUACGGGGACCACUAUACUACUGAAUAAGGCAAAAAACAUGGCGAGAAGACUUGUCGCAGAGCCCCACUCGUUUAGCGUAAGGCCAAAGAACAUAAUGCACGAUGUCAUGGAGACUUUCGGCAAUAGCAAUAAGUAUACAGGCCAAGCUUAUAUAGUGAGGCACGUUAGUGACGCCGAAGUGCCUGAGACCCAGUCUCUGGAGGAACAGGGCCACGAGCCCUUAGAGCAUAAGAGAGAUAUCGAGGACGUCCUGAACGAUCUCAGCAAAAUUACGCUUAAGAGGAAUCUCAAUAUAGAAAAUACAACAGCUAACAUUAAACCGCCGGAAGAACCGCCGCCGCCUAACAAAGAGAAAGACGAGAAGAAAGGUAAAAAGACCAAAUGCAAAAACAAGCGUAAGAACACUGUCAGAUCGUCGUCGCCCACCCUCGAGAGUGACGACUCCGAGCAUAUGUUAGUUAAAGAAAUGGAUAGUAUUAAGGUCAUAGAAAGCAGUCACAUGCCAGCGCGUGUGCUGAAAAUCACGUACAAACUAGUCAACACGGAGACAAAGCUACUGCAUCGCCUGCUACAAGCCCACGGCCUGCAGGAAGCGCCCACCGAUGCCAAAGACUUCAACCUGAUGUGGGCUGGACUGCAUCCCAAGCCAGACUUGUUGCGAUCGCUGACGCCGUACCAAAGAGUCAACCAUUUUCCAAGGUCAUACGAGCUGACGCGGAAAGACAAACUGUUCAAGAACAUAGAGAAAAUGCAAUACUUCCGCGGCCUGAAGCACUUUGACUUCAUUCCCACAACGUUCCUCAUGCCCGCCGAAUACAAGGAGCUGUGUACCACGCACUACAGGACAAAAGGACCUUGGAUUGUCAAACCCGCCGCCUCCAGUAGAGGACGAGGGAUAUAUAUUGUUAAUACGCCAGAACAAAUACCGAAAGGCGAGAACGUCGUAGUGGCGAAAUACAUCGACAAGCCACUAUUGAUAGGCGGUCACAAGUGCGACCUUCGUCUUUACGUCUGCGUCACAUCAAUAGAUCCCCUACUCAUAUACCUGUACGAGGAAGGCCUGGUCAGAUUCGCUACUGUGAAGUACGAUAAGACCAACAAAAACUUGUGGAACCCUUGCAUGCAUUUGUGCAACUACAGCAUUAACAAAUAUCACACAGAUUAUAUCAAAUGCGAUGACCCAAACGCGGGGAAUAUAGGCCACAAGUGGACCCUGUCAGCUCUGCUCCGGCACCUACGGAAGCAGGGUCGCAACACGGCGGCGCUGAUGGCCGCCAUCGAGGAUCUGGUGGUGAAGUCCAUCUUGUCCUCAGCGCAGACUAUCACCGCAGCCGCGAGGGUGUUCGUGCCCAGCCUCUUCAAUUGCUUUGAACUUUUUGGAUACGACAUUCUAAUAGACGACAUGUUGAAACCGUGGUUAUUAGAAAUCAAUUUAUCGCCAAGCUUAGCCUGCGAGAGCCCUUUGGACGCGAGAGUAAAGUCUGCCCUUUUAGCUGAUACCCUCACUUUGGUGGGUCUACCAGCUCUGCCCAUGUCCAAAAACGAGGCUUCACCGCAGAGUAACUCACUGAAGAUGAGAAUCGGUGCUUGUCGGAGAGUGCAUUCAGCAGAAAACACCUGUGUCCGCGGCAAGUCCAACAGCGUGAAUUCCCCCGCACAAAACCAAGCAGUGGGGCCGCUCUCGGGGCUGCUGACUGGCGAGGAGUUGCGGAUAGUGAGGGCGGUGAGAGCGCAGUACGCUAGGAGAGGUGGUUUCGUUAGGAUCUUCCCCAGCCAGAACUCAUGGCAGAAGUACUCUCAGUACCUCGAUCCUGUGACCGGUAUUCCAGUCUGUUCGACGUCGCUCAACAAUAACGCGCCCUACACCGUGGUACAACACAACUUCAACCUGCUCGUACAUUCCCACGUGCUGCCACACUUUCAGCACGCGACCGUCGCCACUAGCGUCACUGACACACCGCAGAGGUUAAAGCGUUACGAGGCGGUUUGCAUAGCGGGUGCCGCCCCCGCCGUACAGCUGUGUGACAACCCCGCGCCGCAGCCCCCUAGAGACGCGCGCAGAGCCAAAGACCUAGUGAAGAAACAGCUCACCGACGGACUUCGACUUACUACUGGCGAGGUGCGUCGCGCCUUCGGCCUCUACCUGACGCACGUUCUGAAGCGCGUGUCGUCGCCUAGCAACGAGUUGGCCGUACAGCAUGCGGCGCUGGUGUUGAAAUUCCUGCGCAGAGCGUCUUCGUCCCUCCGCAUGCCUUACAAUGGGCCACCCGCGAAGAUGUGCGACAAGGACCGCUGCGCCGUGAUCGCGAAGCAGCUCAACGACUUCCUGUACAUGUACUACCGCGAGACCGACCUGUGUACAGACAGUGAGGACCGCGCCGGCUGCGUGUCCAACAUACACUUCGCCCAGUUCCUCUACUCCGCCAGUGAGGCGGACCUAGAGGACGUAUUGCUUCUAUUGCUGCGCACGGAGAACUACGUGGCGACGUUCCUGGGAGAUGGACGCGCCAGCGCCCUGUGCGUGGACCUGCCGCCCGCGCGCCGCCACCCCGACCCACCGCGCCACACGCUGCUACGCCACCUGGCGGCGCUCGCGCAUGUCAACUGCAGGAAGUACCGACCGGAAGCUGACACCUCAAGCCGGUCGGAGCAGGAGGAGUCGUCGACCACAGACAGUGCACCACCACCACCCUUCACCAGCUCCGAUGUCGUGCUCAAGGACUCCCUCAAAGAGGAGAAGCCUCUAAACCUCGCGCUCAAGUACGCGCGGUCAUAGCAUAAGACGCUUUAAAUCCUAUACGUUCGAACUGUUUGGAAAUGUCCCACAAUUGCAAUGAUUAUGCAAAACGCUUAUGAGAGGGCAUAAAGCAAAUAGGCGUGUUUUUCAUAUAUUAGGGAUACUGUUAGCUGCACAUUAUACGCUCCAACUGUUUAGAAUUUUCUCAUUGCUACAUGCAUUAUGCGAAACGCGUAAGGUGCAACGCUCUUGGAUAAGUUAAAGGUUGUGACGUAAUAAUGAAAGGUUUAUACUGGUUAUACUGCAUAUUACGCUCCAACUGCUUCGAAAUGUCCCACUGCUGCAUGUAUCAAGCAAAACAUCUAAAAGUGGGCAUGAUACGAAAAGCUCUUUUGAUAAAUACAUAUACGUCCGCUCUGACUGUUUAGAAAUGUCCCACUACUGAACACACAAUGCAAAUUUCCUAAAAUUCCUACCAAAGGGCGUAAUUCCGCAGAAAAGGAUAAUAAAAACCGCAUAUUACGUUUCAACUGUUUAGAAAUAUCCUCUAUCAAUGCUUUCAUUCAAUACAAAAGCUAUGACCCACAAGGUAAUAUUUUCCGUUCAUAUCGAAAGAAGCUGGUUUCCAAUACAAGUCCGAAACAUAAAGUCAUAAGAACUCGCUGAAUGAAUCCCCUUUGCCCCUAUAAAAUGUAGUCACAUUAAAAAUAUUAUCAAGUAGGUAUAAAAAGAAUUUCGAAUUAUUAAAAAGCGUUUAAGAAUUUUAGAAUAUAAACUGUCGUGAGUGAAGUGCUGCUUCGCGCGAAGAAUCUCAUGACUAAAAGCACUGAAAAGGUUCGAAACUAGUCAGGCAAUAUCCGACGAAAUUCACGGGAAUUCAGCCAUCAAUUAUACAUUUAAAUAGUGUACACACCACUCGCUCGACAAUGACAUAGAAUUGAAAGGUCAAGUAAGUCAAUACAUCCUAUAGGAUUCAUUUAUUUAUUUAAUGUACAAUCAACAGGUUACGAUAACUCUUAUCAAACUAAACAAAACAUAUUAAUGUAAUAUUGUCGACCCACAUGCGUAUAAAAAACUAGAAUGUCAGUUAGAAAGAGAAAAAUCGAUUAAGAAGAGAGACAUGAGAGUAUAAGAUCCAUCAAGCUAUGACAUAAACUAGCCGGAUCUAGUUCCGCGAACAAAAACAUACAUUUCAGAAUAAAUUACAAAAAAAAACAAAUACUUAAAUUAUAUAUAAAAUAAUAAAAAAAAUAUACUAAGUGUUAACAAUACCACAGUAUUGCGAUAGGAUGUGGUCCUUCAGUUUUUUUUUUCUUAAUUUAGGAAGACUAUCCCCUAUAACGUAGGUAUACAUAAAAAAUACACACAUAAUCUAGGUGCUGAGACUCCUAGAUUAUGUAUGUAUUUAUUUAUAUAUGUAUGUAUGGCUUAGCGGGUAAUUAAUGUAGUACUGGAGUCCCUAGGGGCUUUUAUGGUUUGAAUAAGGAAUAUCGCGCACGGCGUAUCUGAGUAAAAUGUUGAUUCUAAUAUUACUAUCUCGCUCUAACGUAUGAUGGCGUCCCUGUCACUCACCAGAGCCUGUGAAACGCGAACCAUAGAGUAAAGAUUGUAAAAAAAACCCCUUCAAAACUUGAUUUUAUUGCCUCGCGAGGUGUGAAAAGUAGGGAGGAGCACUCAACUCGGGGUAAAGCUGCCUUCGUUUUGGGCGCCAGUAAAACCCUCGCUUCACUCAGGAUUCUAGAUGCAAUGCGCUACGCUCGGGAGUUACUCUAGAAUCCCUUGUUUGCUUGGGAUUUAUCCCGGCGCCCGAAACGUAAGACAUUGCUUUACCCCCUUAUACUCUUUCGAAUCUAAAGUUACCAAAAUUCUAGUAAGAUAAAUGCUAAAUAUAAUCUUCUUUUAGCUGCACGUACGGUGUAGAAAAACGGGGCCUUAUAUGAGAUUGUCUGGCUACGUUUACUUAAUAGAACGCGUGAAAGUUAACUACUAUUUUUGUCACCAUCGUCAGCGCCACCUAGCGACAAUCAAUAGCCGUACAUUGAUAGUCACUAGUAUUAACACUACCGUAUUAACAAUACAUCGAACAGAUAGAUACGCAGAUUUUGGCGACCUCCAUGCACAACAGUGAGUGCCUUGAAUUUAAGUAGGAGGUCCCAGGUUCGAUGCCCGGCAGGGGAAUUUUUGGAAUUUAUAAUUUCUGAAUUUCUAAAAUUCAAUUGAUAAAUUUCUGCAAUUUCUUAACUCAUGUUAGGUAAGUUUACCAAAUUUUUAUGUUGCGGUGGCCUAACUGGAUAUGUUGCGACUUUUUAUUGUGUUUCAAACACACACUUAUUAUCAAAUACUCAUACGAAUAAAUACAUUUAAUUUAUUUUCAAAAUAUCUACUGUAAAACUCUUUUUUGUCACUCUUUGGAUUCCAUACAAGUAAAUGUUGAUAGAAAAUCUCACAAUAGGUCCAAAGUUGUUAGUCGCAACAACGCGCGAGCGCUUUGCACUCUAAAACUAAUAACAAUAGUUUUAUUUUACUUUACACUGAUUGCGUCUAUGCAUAUCUCACACAACGCAAAUUUAAAAGGAUAUAAUAUUGUGCAAUAUUCUUGAUAAAAACUUCCAAAUCUGUUUCCUUAAAUCAGUCUUCUUCUUUGCCCUAGCCUUAUCCCAACAUUUGGGGUCGGCUCUCCUCGUCUUUCUGCGCCAGGACUCUCUGUCUUGGGUUGUCACGUCAAUUAGAUUUGCAUUUUUAAUAUCCUUGGCCACCGUCGUCCACCACGUGGAAGCAGGGCGUCCUCUUUUU